AAUUUGUUCAAUUACAAUUUUUGAUCUUUUUGGCGUAAAAUGACAGAGUCAAUUAAAAAUUAUUGAGCCUGAGAGACACAUUAAAACUGGAUUUAUGAUUUGUCAAUUGCAAAUUUUGAUAAUAUGUUAUGGUUUGGUUUAACUUUAGCUUAUUGUUGAGAAAUAGUUGAGAUCAUUUUUAUUGUGAAUAUGAUUUACAGUUUCUGUUUCAUGACGAAAAUCCUUGACAGUAAAAAGGAACAAGAAUUACAGUGUCUAUUAUUGUCCCUUCUUCGAUUGUGACAUACCAGGGUCUACUUUAGGCCAUUAGCAUAAGUCUCUUUCUGUAUAAUCUUUAAUCUAUUGUUUACAAAGGUUUCUGUUCUUGUUCAUCAACUGCCCUUUUGUUGUUCUCUGCUGUAAUUGUUGGGAUAAGAUUACCACCAGUUGCGAUGCCAUUGUCAAGCUCAAUCUGAGUUUUUCUGCAUGGAGUAUUGGACUGUCUGUGUUAUUUAAUAACAAGAAAGUUAUAUUUCUAGGCUUGGUUUUGUUUUGUGUCAGUCAUUUUGUUAUAUAUGGAAAUAUGGAAUUUUACAAAUUGUGAUGCUUUGGUAGGAGAGUUCUUAAAGACCUAAUCUUUAAAUUGGGUGAAGAGAAUGUGUUGGUGGCAACAUUAUGUCUGACCUGUAAUUGUUAGUCUUCUAUAACGUGUUGUAGGGACUAGGAAGUUUGGUUAAUCUUGGAUGAAUCUGGCAAAGUUGCUGGCUUGUAAUGUAAUAUAUUGCUUUGUUACUUGCUGAAAGUUCCUGUGAGACUGAGGUAGUGUGGUUUAUGUGUUGAUCCUUGUAUUGUAUAAUUAAAACAUGCUAUAAAAAACUCUGCAUUACUUGUUGAUUUAUUUUGUCUCAGUCAUUUUGUUACAUUAUCGAACUUUACACGUAAUAGACUGCUAGUUGUGAUGCUGUGGUGGAAAGAUCUUAAAGACCUUAUCUUUCAGUUGGAUGAAGAGAAUGUGUUGGCGGCAACGCUACCUGUAACCUAACCUCUUAUCGCUAGUCUUCUAUAAUGUGUUGAUUUGGAUGAAUCUGGCAAAGUUGUUGUCAUUGUAAUAUAUUGCUGUUUUGCUUGCUGAAAAUUCCUGUAAGACUGAUGUAGUGUUGUUUAUUUGUUAAUCUUAUCUUUGAUUAAAACAUGAUGAAAAGCUCUGCAUUACUAAGCAACUAGAAAGGGACUGACUCUCCUUGGUUCUAGUGGUAUUUGAGGUGACUUUCGUAGCCCCAAGUCAGGGUCUUUUCUUGGGGCUGCUGGGCAAGAGAAAUUAUUGCAGGAGACAUGGCUGAUCAACUUGUAUCAAAGCAACCCACUCCAUUUGAAUUCGUGAUCUUUGAAGGUGAUGCUGAUAAUAUGAGAACUGUUACAGUGACACCAAAUGAAGCUAGUCCAUGGAUUGAUCCCUCGUCAUUGAGACUCAGACACAGAAUUGGUAGGGGCCCAUUUGGUGAUAUUUGGUUGGCAACCCAUCACAGGUCAGCUCAAGAUUACGAUGAGUAUCAUGAAGUGGCAAUAAAGAUGCUGAACUUGAUGAAGGAAGAUAGCGUGAAAGCCUUUUUAGACAAAUUUACUGAAAUCCUUCCCAAGUGUCAUGGAAUGAAAGGAGUUUGUUGGCUUCAUGGGAUUUCAGUUAUAAAUGGGAAGAUAAGCAUUGUCAUGAAAUUCUAUGAGGGAUCAGUUGGGGACAAGUUAGCUCGUUCUAAAGGAGGGAAACUUUCAUUGCCUGAUGUCUUGAGGUAUGGAAUUAACAUAGCGCAAGCAGUCAUGGAAGUGCACUCCCAAGAAAUUCUGGUUCUCAACCUCAAACCUUCUAACUUCCUUCUUGAUGAGAAUGAUGAGGCGAUAUUAGGGGAUUUUGGAGUUCCCUAUCUUCUUCUGGGACUAUCAUUGUCAAACUCAGAUAUGUCCCUGAGAAUGGGAAGCCCAAACUACAUGGCUCCCGAACAGUGGGAGCCAGAGGCAAGAGGUCCAGUAUCAUCUGAGAGUGACUCUUGGGGAUACGGGUGCAGUAUCUUGGAGAUGUUGACAGGUGAUCAACCUUGGUGUGGGAGAUCAGUUCAGCAAAUCUAUCGUUCAGUUGUUCUAAAUCAAGAAAAACCUCAUAUACCAGGUGGUCUUCCUCCUGAGAUUGAGAAUGUCCUAUCUGGUUGCUUUGAAUUUGACUUUCGAAAUCGCCCUCUGAUGACAGACAUCUUGCAGGCAUUCAAAAGCUCGCAGGAUGCAAUUAUGAAUGACGAGACAACUUUUAUUCUGAGGAGUAAAACCAAUAGUGGCAGGCCAAACCAGCACUAUUAUACCGAGUGGUUUCUUUCGAAGGAUACUCUUCAGGAAGGGGACAUAGUGAGGUCCAGAAAGGCACCAAACACCUCCAAAUCUGAAAACAUGAUUAUUCCAGAGGGAAAAGUAGUUGGCUUAGAAGGCAGUAAUAAUGAUCAGGAUGCCUCUGUCUUAGUAAGGGUACGAGGAAUCCACGACCCACUAAGAGUCCGGACAUCCACAUUAGAGCGGGUCACCCACGGCUUUGCUGCUGGAGAUUGGGUGCGUCUAAGGGAGGAGCAAAAACAGCAUUCACGAGUUGGAAUCCUUUAUUCCAUACACCGUGAUGGAACUGCAGCUGUUGCAUUCAUUGGAUUGGAAACAUUAUGGAAAGGUAAACAUUCGGAGCUCCAGAUGGCGAAGCCUUAUCACGUGAGCCAAUUUGUGCGAGUUAAAGCCAAUGUCUUUAAACCUCGUUUUGAGUGGCCAAGGAAGAGGGAAACAUGGGCUACCGGGAAGAUCAUACAUAUUCACCCAAAUGGGUGUCUUACAGUAGACUUUCCAGGAAGAUUCCCAUUUAUUCAGAAAAAAGACCGGUUCUUGGCUGACCCGGCUGAAGUUGAAGUGGUCUCUUUCAGUUCCUGUCAAGGAGUCCUGAAGAAAUAUCAGCAUUUUGAGGAUAUCCACUGGGCUGUAAGACCUCUUCUUGUUGCUUUAGGUCUAUUUACUGCCAUGAAAGUGGGACUUAUUGUUGGGAAGAAGAUAGCUAAACCGAACAUGAAGAGAGAGAAAACUGCAGAAAGAGAUGAUCAGGUAGUUGAUGAUUCCGGCAAAUCACAGCCUGGUUUUCCCCUUCUGUGGACUAAAUAAUUUUCAGAGAAUAAUAAUUUGUAACUUUAACCUGUAAAAAUGGCUUUUACAACGGCGGGUGUGAGGCGAUCAUCAUUCAUCAACCAAGCUGUCUAUCCUUUUAUUUCUAUUUUCUCAGCUGAACAGAUCGAUCUUCUUAGAAGUGUGGAGUGCCUUUUUAAAAACUGUAUAGCUUCCGCUUCUGGGGAUCACUUCAUAACACCUUUUCCAGUUCAUAUUUGUAAAUAUGUCUAUUUCAAUCAACUUGUUCAGUUCCAUCUAUGUAAAGUUGUAAAUACGCCCUAUUUUAAUCACGUCCCAUUUAUUUAUUUAUCUAAAAAUGUCUGUUUUAAUCGA